AUGUUUGUAUGUAUACUAGUAUAUACGACACCGGACAUUUAUAUCUUGCAUUACCAUUUAUUUAUUUAUUUAUUUAUUUAUUUAUCUAUCUAUCUAUCUAUCUAUCUAUCUCAGUCUGUUCAUAUCUAUCUAUCUAUCUAUCUAUCUAUCUAUCUCAGUCUGUUCAUAUCUAUCUAUCUAUGGUGCAAGAAAUGGCUUUUUUUUUUUGUAUACCGCUAUCUAUCUAUCUAUCUAUAUAUCUAUCUAUCUAUCUCAGAUCGUUCCUAUCUAUCUAUCUAUCUAUCUAUCUAUCUAUCUAUCUAUCUAUCUCUGACUUUUCACCUGUCUGCCUGUCUAUCUAUCAUUGUCUUUUCAUCUAUCUAUCUAUCUAUCUAUCUAUCUAUCUAUCUAUCUAUCUAUCUAAGAUCGUUCCUAUCUAUCUAUCUAUCUAUCUAUCUAUCUCUUUUCACCUGUCUGCCUGUCUAUCCAUCUCUGUCAUUUCAUCUAUCUAUCUAUCUAUCUAUCUAUCUAUCUAUCUAUCUAUCUAUCUAUUUUGUUUUACCUAUCUAUCUAUCUAUCUAUCUAUCUAUCUAUCUAUCUAUCUAUCUAUCUAUCUAUCUAUCUAUUUCAGUCCGUUCCCAUCUAUCUAUCUAUCUAUCUAUCUAUCUAUCUAUCUAUCUAUCUAUCUAUCUAUCUCUGACUUUUCACCUGUCUGCCUGUCUAUCUAUCAUUGUCUUUUCAUCUAUCUAUCUAUCUAUCUAUCUAUCUAUCUAUCUAUCUAUCUAUCUAUCUAUCUAUCUAUCUAUCUCUCUAUCUUUUCACCUUUUCACCUGUCUGCCUUCUAUCUAUCAUUGUCUUUUCAUCUAUCAAAUCUAUCUAUCUAUCUAUCUAUCUAUCUAUCUAUCUAUCUAUCUAUCUAUCUAUCUCAGAUCGUUCCUAUCUAUCUAUCUAUCUAUCUAUCUAUCUAUCUAUCUAUCUAUCUAUCUAUGUAUCUCUGACUUUUCACCUGUCUGCCUGUCUAUCUAUCAUUGUCUUUUCAUCUAUCUAUCUAUCUAUCUAUCUAUCUAUCUAUCUAUCUAUCUAUCUAUCUAUCUAUCUCAGAUCGUUCCUAUCUAUCUAUUUAUCUAUCUAUUUAAUUCUCAAAUAAUGGGACAUUGGAUAAAUAAAUGUUAUUAUUUAAACAAGCGCUUUCCUGUUGUCAUGACAACGUAG